AUGCUCGUCAUGGCCGUCCUCUCUUGGAUCCCAUUUUUCAGGCGACCAUACAAGGAAGAAGAAACUUCUGCAGAAGAGUCCCGCCCACCUGCUUCUCUGGUCGAAGUCCCGGUCCACCUCGUGGCCAGUUCGAUCCAGGAGAAGCUUCCGGUUAUGGAGUUCGGUCGGUUCGUCGAGAAACUGGGACGAGGGAAACAAGAAGAAGGUUCGACUUGUGCGGUGUGUUUGAGGCGCAUUGGGGAAGAAGAUCAGGUGAGAGAGCUCAGCAAUUGUGCUCACGCUUUCCACAGAGAGUGCCUCGACGGAUGGGUGGGUCGGGGCGGGGCUACUUGCCCGUUGUGCAGAUCCAAGCUGUUGCCCUACCAGGAGACGAGUGGAGAGUCAAGUGCGGCGGCCACCGUGGCGGAGGGAGAGGAUGAUUUACCUGUUCGGCGAGGACUGCGUUUUCGGCGAUUCCGAUGCUUUCUAGCCCGCAGGGCUUGA